AAGCUUGAUUUAGUACAGUAUAGCCUGAGCAGUCAUUAACCGGCUACCGUAAAGAUAGCUUAAACUUUCGCGGAAUAUUCAAAAUGGCGUCGGCAAGUCCUGGUUGCAGUAGAAAAUCUUCUCCAAGCAAUUCCCCAAGGAGAAGUAAAGGGGACAGAAUGAAUACUUCAUCUAGGUCUAAAAGUCAUAGGGAACCAGAUGCAGAUCAACCAUUACCAAACAUUAAUGAGAGAUUAGGUCACCUGAGACCGUCACGAGAGUUGUUAGAAUAUUACAGAAAGAAGAUAGCCGAGUAUGAUGAGGAACAUGAGGGCCUUGUUUCAAAGCUGGAAGAAUACAAAGUCACUUAUGAAGAACAGCAUAAAAUGCAGUGGGAGUUGCGCCAGCGUGAGAAGAGAUUGUAGAGCUGCAGAAAGCACUCAGUGACAUGCAGAUAUAUCUGUUCCAGGGAGCGUGAACAUGUCUUACGAUUAUAUGCUGAAAAACGAUAGAUUAAAGAUUCGUGAACUUGAAGACAAGAAAAAGAUUCAGCAGUUAUUGGCACUAAGUGGCACUCCAGAUCAUGAAAUCACAUAUUUCCACAAGGAGCCACCAGCUAAAGCUGUCGUGGAGCAGAAAGCGCCCAAACGACCACAAAGUGCCAAUCUACAAAACAAAAAAGAUGGUAAGAAACAGACGCAGGGAUCGACAAAGAGUUCUGUAGCUUUGUCAGCAGACGACAAAUAUCACCAUGACAACCAGGCAUUGACUUUACAAGUAGAAUCACUCCAGUCACAAAUACAAGAACAGGCUAAACUGGCUAAAGA